UUCCGUAGUCGAGCAGUUGCGCGCUUCUUACAGAUUUCAUUCAGCCAGACAGUUUAGACAAUUGUUAAAGGGUGGUUUGGCCAACCACCCACUUGACGCCUGUACCCGCUAGUUCCCGCGGUGGUAUGAGAAGUUUGUCUGAUUGUGACGGGAUCUAGACGAUACGAAUAGGAGCAAUAUCGUCGGGGGCUCUUGGGGUAGGUCCGGCGGUCGUCAGCGCACUAGGGAAUGACAAUUCAAGAAGUAUAGCUAGAGUUCGUGUGGAAACUAUAUAAAUGAUUUACUCUCGGCGUCUUGUGAUUAAUUAAUUGUAGUGAUUCUUAUGGAAUUGGAUCAAGCGUGACAGUACAAGCUGAUGUGUGACAUGUUUUCGUAAUUGUUAUGAGUUUGUAAAUGGUGAGGACUUUUCAAUUAAGCAGCUGAGCAUGCAGUGUAGUGUUUGAAUUUUGCAUAUGAAAACAGUAUUAGUGGAGUGAUGCUGUGCGCGCGGAUGCAGAGCUUAAAGUGGUAACCGCUCUCGCCAAGCUGAUAAGCUCAAAACAUAAGUGUUAAGUCCAGUUAGUUUUCUUAUCUCGGACUUUUAAAACGCAGCAGAGAAUUGUUUUGUGGAAUUAGUUCGGCUGUAGUAUUUCCGUAUAGUAGAGAAGCAAAGAAAAUAAGGAAAUUUUCAAUGCUGUGUCCUGUGACUGAAAGUUGAAAAGUCUGCUGUAGACAAAAGCUGAAGCGGUAUAAUAUUCCAGGUUUAUAUUUAUGUUGUCGUGUUUGCGGAUAAUAUCCCUGUGAAAAGAAAACAAUAUAAGGAUAAACGAGUGAAAAACUGUUCAGAAAAAAAGGCAAACCGUUUCGGGCGCGAGAGACCAAAAAAAAAAGAAAAGUGAUUAUUGUGCGGAAGUGAAACAGUGGAAAGCGGAAACAUAAAGGCCUGUUGGCGAUUCAAUGCACCGCUUUUCCGACUGGCAGAAACGCGGUAAUCUUCGAAGUGUAUAAAUGUUUUAGGGAUUUGCUGAAUUUAUAAUCGUCUGGGAGUAGACAACUACUAGCAGGUUUUGGUUUGGUCGCGUUCUCGGUCGCGUUUUCAUCGCGGUCUGUUGAUCCGAUCCCGCCCUUCGGUGAUGGCUUUUUGGUGUGGGAUAAUAAAUCGUGUUCCAGAAUAAGAGAUAUAAGAGGGGAAGCCGGAAUUGUAGGCAGCUCGCCCGGCAACAACCAAGACUGACAGAAAGUCAAACAGUGUUAAAUAAACAUCGAAACUGCCGAUUCGCGGAAUUCUGCGAAAUUCGUUUGGCUCCGUAUCAUUCAUUGUGCGCAUAAACGCGAAAUGCCGAAAUUGUUCCCGCUUGUGACCGGCGACGUCCGUCGGUUGCCGUGUCGACCAGUGGCAGUGAUUGCCGUUAUCAUCACUCUGGCGGCGCUGGCGAUCACGACCGAUGCAAUGGGAUGUCCGCAGAAAUGCUCUUGCCAACAGCGUACGGUACGAUGCCUCAAGCAGCAGCUCGAUAAGAUCCCGGAAAUGCCAGCCGACACCAACAUUGUGGAUCUCCGCUACAAUCACAUUCGUGAAGUUGCAAUGGAUUCAUUUUCCGGGCUGGCUCAUCUGCAUACGAUUUUCCUGAACGAAAAUCAAAUUUCACGCUUGCAAAGCGGAGCAUUCCGCGGGCUGCCGUCGCUGAAAUAUUUAUACCUCAACAAGAACAAGAUAGCGUUCAUUGCGCCGGAUGCUUUCGAAUCACUGGACCGGCUUCACAGUUUAUAUUUACACUUCAACAAUAUCACCACCUUUGAAAGGCAGACCUUCUCCAAUAUGCCGGCUCUGGAACGAUUAUUCCUGUACGGCAACCAAAUCCGGCAUAUUCCCGAGGGAACCUUCGAAGCUCUACCCGCGUUGAAGCGUCUCCGAUUGGACGACAACCCGCUGGAAUGCGACUGCUCGUUAUUGUGGUUCCUGAGGGUGCUGCGGAACAGCUCGAGCAGCUCGCUGCUCGCUACUGCCGGCUGUGGAACGCCGGAAACUCUCGCUGGCAGAAAUGUGGCAGACCUAACCGAGGACGAUUUUCAUUGCACCAAACCGGAGAUUGUGACCGAACCCCGAGAUAUCGAGAUAAGCUACGGCCAGACGGCCGUUUUCACAUGCAAAGCCGUUGGCGACCCCCGACCGGAAAUUGUGUGGAUGUUAAACACGAACGAAAUCCACUCGGACGAUACCCGAAUCAAUGUACUGCCGGACGGGUCACUGCGGAUCGACGAGGUCACGGCAACGGAUGCCGGCCGGUACGAGUGCAUGGCGAAGAACGACAUGGGCCAGGUGCAGUCCCGGCCGGCUCGAAUGAUUGUCAACAACGAGGUCAUUGAAACGGAAUCUGAAGCACCGAAGUUCAUACAGACUCCGCCGGUCGAGCUGGUACUAGCCGAGGGGCAACCGAUUGCGCUGCACUGUGUGGUGUCAGGGGUCCCAACACCGAGCAUUAUGUGGAAAUUUAAUAACCAAAACGUUCAGAAUGGCCGCAUCAAGCUUUUCAGUAACGGGUCGCUGAUUUUGCCGGUAGCAACGCUGGACGACGGUGGAAUGUACAGCUGUUAUGCCGGAAACGCCAUUGGAAACGUGUCUGUCAAUGCCACCGUACACGUUAAUGCCGCACCACGGAUCACACUUGCUCCGGAGAAUGUAACAACUAAAACGGGAAGCCGCGUAACGUUGGAGUGUGAAGCGGACGGGAAUCCAUUGCCGCACAUCUGGUGGAAGCGGAACGGUCAACCGCUUGUCGAGACCAACCGGAUCUACCUUAGCGACGACGACAUCGAGCUUACCAUCGAACACAUCAAGGAGUCCGAUUCUGGAACCUACGUCUGUGUGGCGGAAAGCGAGCUAGGAAGCGUCGAGUCGACCGCCGAAAUAGUCGUGAUAAACGACGUUGGGCCACCGAAAUUCCUCUUCGAGCCGUACGAUUUGGAAGCAAUCGAGGGAACGACUAUCGAGCUGCCAUGUAAGGCCGAAGAUGAUGACAUUCAGCAGACCAAAUGGCGAAAGGAUGGACGAACGCUCACCCAGACGGAAAAGUAUCGCUUGUCGUCGGCAGGUAGUCUGUUUAUUUCCAAUCUCACGGAGACGGACCAGGGACGAUACGAGUGCUCUCUGUUGAAUCAGUAUGGGCGCGCUACAGCCAGCGGAUUGCUGACGGUUAAAAAAAAGUUGGAGCUCCUUCCCGGUGAUCAAUUCGUUCGUAUUGCCAUUGCUGAAGCAUCACGGGAAGUCGAUCUUGCCAUCAACCAAACGAUUAUCAAACUUUUCACUGGAAACACCAGUAAAUCACAACAUCAUGGUGACCUGUUCCGGAUAGUUCGCUUUCCAACGGGACCAGCUCGCGAAUUAGCUCGCGCCGCCGAAGUCUACGAACGUGCUCUGGUGAACAUCCGGAAGCAUGUGGACUCCGGAAAGGCGUUAACCACUAACAAAACGGACUUCGAUUACAAAGAUCUCCUCUCACCGGACUACCUUGACCUGCUAGCUCAGCUAUCAGGUUGUAUGGCUCAUCGAGUAACGCCCAAUUGUACGGAUCUAUGUUUUCACGCUAAAUUUCGAACACUGGAUGGAUCGUGUAAUAAUUAUAAAAACCCAACAUGGGGAUCCUCACUUACCGGCUUUCGAAGAUUGCUUCCUCCGCUCUACGAAAAUGGCUUCAAUAUGCCGAUAGGCUGGAACAAAACGACUCUGUACAAUGGUUUUUCGAAACCAAGUGCCCGCCUAGUGUCAACCAGUUUGAUAUCGACCAAUGAGAUCACGCCGGACGAUCGUAUCACGCACAUGGUAAUGCAAUGGGGACAAUUUCUGGAUCAUGAUUUGGAUCACGCGAUACCGUCAGUUAGCUCCGAAAGUUGGGAUGGUGUGGACUGUAAGAAAACAUGCGAAUAUGCUGCGCCAUGCUAUCCUAUUGAGAUUCCCGCGAAUGAUCCACGUGUGCACAAUCGACGCUGUAUUGACUUUGUACGGUCCAGUGCCGUUUGUGGCUCAGGAAUGACUUCCAUCUUCUUCGGUACUGUUCAGCCACGGGAGCAGAUCAAUCAGUUAACUGCCUUUAUAGAUGGCUCUCAAGUGUACGGUUAUUCCGAGAGUUUUGCGAGAGAUUUGAGGAAUCUAACAACGGACGAUGGAUUGCUGAGGGAAGGACCGCGUUUCCCAAAUCAAAAGUCAUCGUUGCCAUUUGCGGCGCCAACGGACGGAAUGGAUUGUAGGAGAAAUUUGGACGAGAGUAGUGUAAAUUGCUUUACCGCGGGAGACAUCCGGGUUAACGAACAGUUAGGUCUACUGGCGAUGCAUGUCGUUUGGUUCAGAGAGCACAAUAGAGUCGCUACUGAGUUGAAACGAAUUAAUCCUCAUUGGGACGGGGAUAAAUUGUAUUUCGAGGCUAGGAAAAUAGUUGGGGCGAUGGUGCAACACAUAACAUAUGAAUACUGGUUACCUCAGAUCAUUGGUGAACAAGGCAUGUCGGCACUUGGAUCGUACAGCGGUUAUGAUUCAACUAUUAAUCCAUCAGUUUCCAAUGAAUUUGCAACGGCAGCUCUUAGAUUUGGACACUCUCUAAUAAAUCCGAUCCUUCACCGGUUAAACGAGUCGUUCGAAACGAUUAAUCAAGGUCAUGUUCCGCUGCACAAAGCUUUCUUCGCUCCGUGGAGAAUUGUAUAUGAAGGUGGCGUUGACCCCCUUUUGCGAGGUUUAUUUUCUGUACCGGCAAAAUUAAAGAAACCAAACCAAAAUUUGAAUACUGAUCUCACCGAGAAGCUGUUCGAAACCGCACAUGCCGUAGCGUUGGAUCUUGCAGCAAUUAACAUUCAGCGAUCUCGGGAUCAUGCAAUCCCGGGUUAUAACGAGUAUCGAAAGCUUUGCGGAAUGAAGGUAGCAAAUUCAUUUGCAGAUUUGGCACAAGAAAUCACUAACCAACAGAUUAGAAGCAAACUGGAAGAGCUGUACGGUCAUCCAAGCAAUAUCGACCUGUGGGUUGGAGGUAUUUUGGAAGACCAACUGCCGGGUGCUAAGGUGGGACCCCUGUUCAUGUGCAUAUUGGUCGAGCAGUUCAAAAAAUUACGUGACGGAGAUCGUUUUUGGUAUGAAAAUGAGCAAUUCAAACCUGAACAGCUGGCACAAAUUAGAAAGACUACAUUGGGACGUGUACUUUGUGAUAAUGGAGACAAUAUUACUCGCGUUACGGAAAAUGUCUUUGUACUUCCUAGCAAACAAGGUGGUUACAGGUUCUGCGAUGAGCUUUCGCAGAUGGACUUCGAGCAUUGGAUCGAUUGUAGUGACUGUUCUCGGCAUCAUAAACGCUACAAUGUGCUGCCCAGACAGCGAAGAUCUGUAAGAUCAAUCCGCGAUAUCAGUUCACAGCUAGCGAAAAAACCGGAACCAGAAAAUCAUUUGGAGGAAGAAUCUUUCAUAGACGACGACAUGAAUGAGGAGCGCAUCGAGGGUCUGGAAUCGCUCAUCGAAACAUUCCAAAAAUCCAUGAAGCAGAUGCGAAGAAAGAUCCGGCGUUUGGAGCAGCAGUGUUCAGCUGCGGUAGCGGCGGUAUCGUCGAACGGCAGUGUGAAUUCGAUCAAAGGUAAACCGCACGGACACUGUGUCGAUAACAAAGGAAUCAAGCGAUUGAACAACGAGAUCUGGAUGCGGGACGAUUGCACAAAAUGCGAAUGUGAACAUCAUCAGAUCAGCUGCGAAACGGAGAAAUGUGCUGAACUAAUCUGCGAAAACGGGUUAGUGCUGAUGAAGGAGGACGGUAAGUGUUGUUCUACGUGUGCGGUAGACGACAGUGAACCACUAACGGUAACGGCGAAGGACGACCAAUGAACGGAAAUUUUCAUUUGUGAAACAUCCAAUUUAGCGGUGAUAAACUAGAAAGUAAGGAGUUCGAUUUCGUAUUAGCAGUUGAUCGCGUUUGUGAAUGUUUCAUUAGACUGUCUAGUCGAGUAUCUGUGCCAAAUUUCGAUGUGCGAUGGAAAUUGCCGAUCAUUUUAUUUGCCAAAUGUUAAUUUUAAAUAUUAAUGAUAUUUAAAUGAUAGGUAACGAAGCUUGACCAUUGAGCAGUAAAUUCACUGAGUGCUUAAAAAGCAAAAGUUUUUCAGCAAAGUCCCAUAAUGAACAAAUAAGCGUCAAAUGAAGUUUAUAAUGUAAAACGAGGAAACUGAUAACAAUCUUGGAAGUUAUUACUUACAACUAGAUUAAUAACUUGUCUAUUAAAUAACAAACCUAUCAAUUUGCUUAUUAACAAACCAAUGAAUAUUUUAUACUAUCAAUCGAAUUGGAAAUUUUAUGAAUACUUGAGAGAGUCAAUUCUAUUGUGCAUGAAAUUUUAACCAUAGAUUUUCGUUUAUGAGUAACUGAUGUGUAAAAUGUAUCAUUUACAAGAUGUUUAUUCUAUUUUCUCGUUAUUGUGUUCAAAAUAUUAUUCGCCCAUUUUGUUCUUUCUAAGUAUGUCAUAGAGUCCAAAUACAAGUUUUAAAGUACAUAAUGCUUGAUUAAUUGGCUGUCUUAGUAGAAUCUCGUACAUGAUAAGGGAAAAAUGUUUGGAGAAGUAUUUCAUUGAUUUAAAAAUUUCAGCUUCACAUAUAUUGAACUGUUUUAUUUUUGAAUACGGUGGAUCAUUAAUUGUAGAUGGCAGCAAAGCAACAGGACAAGAAAUUCGAGAAAAAAAAUACUCAAAACAUGCUGCACUUGAAGAAGUCCGAUCGAUGCAACUACAAAAAAGCAUAAUAAAUAAGAUAGAACCAUUCUGGUGUCUCCUUGCAAAAUCUUCGAAACGCAAACAGUGCCAAAAAUACAUAAAUGUUAACCAUUUUAAAAUUUUCAUUCAAUGACGGCAUUUCAAUCAAAGAGCAUGGAAUAAAAAUCCGCAGGAUACGUUAACAUAAUUUUCUAACGAAACAACAUCAGUUAAACAUACACAUAGUGGUAAUUAGAUAGUUUCCAACAUUUGUUCAGUUUAGCAAACUCACGAUCAGUAGUGUAGAACCGAAUUUAGUAUCCAAAAAACCAUUGAAUCCUCAUACUAAAAGGAUUACCAUAUCCUAUAUCAAACCCUUUAUCUGUUGAAUACAUAAGCCUACAUCACAUCAAGAACCUCGAAGUCAUUCAAAUUUGCUGGAAUUUCUGAACAGUUUAUUCCAUAAAAUAAAGUAGAAUCAAAAUCUCUUAUAAGACUUAGAGUAAAAAUAAAUUACGUUCUAUUUUGACAUCCAGACAAGCUUCCACAGGUAUGCGUUAAUGUUUGGGUGUUAGGGAUUCAAGUCUAGCCAGUAAGACAAAUACUUCUACACGAAAGAACAGAAUAAAUAAGACAGUGGGAUUGUUGUCAAAUGCAUAAAUACUAACAGUAGAGAGUUACAGGUCAUACCACUAAACACAGAAUAUUGAACUGUAAACUAAAACUAAACAUCAACAAAAAACGAAUACCGAACUCAAUAAUAAAUAACAAUUUUACUCUUUUUCGAAUUACC